UUGGAUACCACCUUCAUCUCACCAGUGCCAGCCACCCUACCCCACCUCUUUUUCCUUUCGUACUUGUCCUGCUUCCCCUGUUUCAUUCAUUAAUUGCUUUCUUUACCCUGUUUUCCAUGGAAACCAUCCUCAUCAUCAUCUUCUUCUUGGUCUGAUUCUCCUUCCUUUUCCUCUGGUUUCUCAACAAUGGAAAAAACCCACCCAAAGCCUGUCUUCCUUAUCCUGCUAAUCCUGCUUUCCACAACCAUACCUUUCCCAUCAGCUCUGGCAGUGGAUUUCGUCUACAAUGGCUUCAACUCCUCUGACUCGUUGCUUCUCUACGGCAACGCCACAAUUCAAUCCCGCAUUCUGACACUCACAAACGACACAACUUUCUCCAUUGGUCGUGCUCUUUACAGGUCCAAAAUCCGCACGAAGAAACAGAAUUCGUCCUAUGUCUACCCGUUCUAUACCUCUUUCAUCUUCUCCAUGGCUCCUUAUAGGAACAUUCUUCCUGGGCAUGGCUUGGUUUUCAUUGUUGUAUCCAAAACCGGCAUCGACGGAGUCAGUUCGUCUCAGAAUCUGGGUUUCUUGAACCGAACCAAUGAUGGGAACCCAAAUAACCAUGUCUUCGGUGUCGAAUUCGAUGUGUUUAAGAAUCAGGAAUUUGACGAUAUCGAUGACAACCAUGUUGGGAUCAAUCUCAAUUCCCUCAAGUCUACGGUAGCCCACUCCGCUGGGUAUUGGCAAGACGACAGAAGUGGUGCUGCUGAUGAUAAAUCACUCAAGAAAUUGAAGCUUAACAAUGGAGAAAAUUAUCAAGUUUGGAUUGACUAUUCAGAUUCUUUUAUGAACGUUACAAUGGCGCGUGUGGGAAUGAAAAGACCAAGUAAUCCUUUGUUGAGUGUUCCAUUAAAUCUGUCCGAUAUUUUUGAAGAUGAAAUGUAUAUUGGGUUUACAAGCUCAACUGGGGCGUUAGUAGAAAGGCACAUGAUUUUAGCUUGGAGCUUCAGCGAUUCAAACAUUUCUUUAAGCGAAAGUUUGAUCACUACUGGUUUGUCUUCCUUUGUUCUUCCAAAGGGUUCUUUUCUCAGGUCGACGGGAUUCAUUGCAGGGAUUACAGUGGGAGGUUUUGUAGCUAUUGCUCUCUGUGCUGUGCUUUGUUUCUGUUUGAUGAAAAGACAAAGACGUAGAGCGAGGGAAAGAGCAGAAAUGGAAGAAUGGGAACUCGAGUAUUGGCCACACAGAAUCACAUACCAAGAAAUCGAGGGGGCAACCAAAGGAUUUUCAGAGGAAAAUGUGAUUGGUGUUGGAGGAAAUGGAAAUGUCUACAAGGGUGUUUUACCUUUAGGAGCAGAGAUUGCGGUGAAGCGCAUUUCUCAUGAAAACGAUGGAAUGAGAGAAUUUCUGGCUGAGAUUUCAAGCCUAGGAAGAUUGAAGCACAGAAACUUGGUGGGGUUCAGGGGUUGGUGUAAAAGAGAGAAGGGAAGCUUCAUGUUGGUCUAUGAUUAUAUGGAAAAUGGGAGUUUGGAUAAGAGGGUUUUUGAUUGUGAUGAAAGCAAGAUGUUGGGCUUUGAAGAAAGAAUUAGAAUUCUUAAGGAUGUUUCUUCUGGAGUCCUAUACUUACAUGAAGGAUGGGAAGCCAAAGUCCUACACAGGGACAUUAAGGCAAGCAAUGUAUUACUAGACAAGGAAAUGAAUGGAAGGCUUGGGGAUUUUGGAUUAGCUCGGAUGCAUGGCCAUGGCCAAUUGCUUAGCACCACUAGAGUGGUUGGAACCGUGGGGUAUUUGGCCCCGGAAGUGGUUCGAAGUGGCCGAGCCUCGGCUCAAACCGAUGUGUUUGGGUUUGGGGUAUUGAUACUAGAAGUCAUGUGUGGGAGGCGACCUAUAGAGGAAGGCAAACCACCUUUGGUUGAAUGGGUUUGGCAACUAAUGGUUGAAGGGCGAUUGGUAAAUGCCAUUGAUGAGAAACUAAGGGCUAAAGGUGAAGUUAAUGUGGAAGAGGCUGAGAGAGUAUUGCACUUGGGGCUAUUAUGUGCAUAUCCUGACCCAAAUGCUAGACCAACCAUUAGACAGGUUGUGAAAGUCUUGGAGGGUAAAAGCGAGCUCUAUGAAUCUGAAUGUGAAGGUAAUGCGUAUUUGCUCCAAAAGAUACAAGCCAAGGAUAGGUGGUCUGACUUCUCACAGAAUUUUGGACGCGGAUCACACCCUACUUUUGAAGAUAUUAAGCAGUCUCUGUCUUCUUCAAUGUCUCUCUCUUGGUCCAAUACUACCGUGGAGGGUAGGUGAGUUGGAAAGAUGAUUAGAGCGUGAUGAUUGAGGGCUAUAUUUUUGGCUCUAAAAGCCAAUUUUCGAUGUCUGUCUUGCACUGCCAGGAUUAAUGCUUGUGGAUGGAGAGGGAGAUAUUUUAUGGCAAGUGAAAUCCAAAGGCGCACAUGUUAGGAAAUGGGAAGAACUGGCUUUAUGAGUUUUUGUCUAUUUUACAUACUUUGUUAGAUUAUUCAUUCACUUUGUGGGUUCUUCGAAGCGAUUUUUUAUUGUUUGGUUACAUGGAAGAUUAGAAAUUUUGUAUAUAUGUAUCAUAUACUAACUUUAUGCUAAUAUUAAAGUAUAAAUUCUAGGUUAUGAUUCA